AUGAGUGACCAUAGCUCAGGGUACCUUCCUUACCGAUCCUCCCCUUUGCCUCGGGUAAAGGCCGAGCCUCAAAAGUUGGCUCCAGGUCCGGCGUUGUAUGGUGGGUUUUCUUGGCUCGAUGCAGGGUCGAGGAGCGGAAGAGGUGGGACAGGUUCGGCGGGCGGAGCAGGUCCGGGGGCAGGUUCGGGUGCAGGCGCUGCAGAUUCGGGAAAUGCAGGUUCGGGUGAGGGGCGAGAAGGGAGCGAGGGAGUGGGGGCUGGACACAGGGAGGCUGAAGGGGGAACGAGAGAUGGAGUGAGAGGGGGGGAAGGGCACAGUAGGCAUGGGCGCCCGGACCUCGUUCCAGAGCUGAGCCUCGAACCGAAGCUAGAGGCUCGGGAGGAGCAGGAAGGGAGUAGAGGCAUUGGGGAAGGAGGGGUGCAAGGGGCGAGCUGGAGAAGUCAUGGGACAGAAGUAACUGGUGAGACUGGUGAGACUGGUGAGGGGGAAGGGGAGGAGAGCGAGGAGGGGAGUGAGGAGGGGAGUGAGGAGGAGGAAACAGAGGAAGUGACAGAAGAAGUGACAGAGGAAGGGAGUGAGGAGGGGAGUGAGGAGGGGAGUGAGGAGGAGGGAACAGAGGAAGUGACAGACGAAGUGACAGAGGAAGGGAGCGAGGAGGGGAGUGAGGAGGAGGAGGGAACAGGGGAAGUGACAGAGGAAGGGAAAGAAACUGGGGAAGAGGAGGAGGAGGAAGAGGAAGAGGAGGAGGAUGAGGAGGAAGAGGAGGAAGAGGAGGAGGAAGAGGAGGAGGAGGAAGAAGAGGAGGAUGAGGAGGACGAGGAGGAGGAAGAAGAGGAAGAGGAAGAAGAGGAGGAAACGGAGGAGGGAACCGAGGGGGAAGGGGAGGAAGAGGAAGAGGAGGAGGAAGAGGAGGAAGAGGAAGAGGAGGAGGACAAUGUUGAUCAACUCAACACACAUAACGCCCUCCCACCCUUAUACAGACACCAGCACCAGCAGCAGCAGCAGCAGUCCCAGCACCCUCCCCUGCAUCCCAGUCUCAAGACCCACACCAGCGCCGCCACUGGCCCUUCCGCCUUCCCUCCCCGCACCUCUGGCCGAAGCAGCCGGCAGGUUUCCUUCCAGGAGGAUGUUCAGCCGGCAGCUAGCAGGCUAGCCGGCAGUUCUGGUGCCACUGGGAGUGGGGCCUAUGGGAGCGGGAGCUUCGGGGGGAGGUUAGGGAGUGGGAACUAUGGGGGGGGUGGUGUGGGGGGGGGAGGGGAUUAUGGGGCGAGGCUGGGGAGGAGUAAUCUUGCGGGGGAGCAAGGGAGUGGGAAUUAUCGGGGAGAGGAGGCGUAUGGGAGUGGGAAUUACGGGAGUGAGGCAUAUGGGAGUGGGAACUAUGCCAAGGGGCAUGCCUUGGGGAGUGGGAACUAUGGGAGUGAUGGGUACGGCAGUAGUGCAUAUGGCGGGAGUGGUAACCACGGCGCGAUGUUACAUGGGGCUGGGGGGAGCGGGCUGGGCGGCAGACUAGGAAGUGGGGGCGGGGUGGGCGGCAGAUUGGGGAGUGGGGGGCUGAGUGGAGGGCUUGGGAGUGGGAACAUGGGGAGUGGGAAUAUGGGGAGUCAGGUCAGUGGGAGUGGGAACUACGCGGGGAAACUAGCCCCUGUGAGGUCGCCCAGUGAUAGUGGGCAGAGUGAGGGGCAAAGAGAGGGAGAGAGCGGAGGAGAGGGAGGAGUGGGAGAAGAGAGAGGAGGGAAGGGAGGGGGAGGAGGGCCGAUUUGGGAGACGGACGAGGAGCAGAGUCAGGCAACAAUGAGCAUGGAGAGGGGGGAGGAGCAUCGAAGCAUGGAGAGGCAGGAGGAGGAUCAAAGAAUGGCGACGCAGGAGGAGGAACGUGGCAUGGAUGCAGCAGCGGCUCAAGCACCACCGCAAGCAGCACAAGAACCAAUGAGUGCAGCUGACGCAUCUGCCUCACCUCCCAAGUCAGUGAAGAAAGGAGGAUGGCUGGAGAACCUGUGGGGCAAGUAG